AGCCGCAGGGGCGGGGCCCCCCGUGGGCUCUAGCGCUGCCCCGACGGCGCGGGCGCUCCGGUGGCACCGGCACCUUCGGGAGGAGCGCGGGCCGGGCCGGGCCGGGCCGGGCCGAGCCGAGCCGAGCUGAGCCGUCCUGUGCCGUCCUGCCCGGGCGGUCCCGUGCUGUGGCCGAAUAUUGCAAAUGCCAACCUACAGAACAACUGAACAUGCUCUAGCAUGAAGCUGAAUAGGUCUCCUCUGCAAUUUGUGCUUUGUGGCCUGAUACAGCACUGAAAUACAGGUAGAAAGUCAUUCUCUUCCUGUUCUGCAUUCUGUCCAGGCACUGUAUGUAGAUAAGGAAGAGCAUCUUACUUGAAAAGGAUGAAAGACCGGCUAAAUGAGCUAUAUGAAUUUGCCAGGCUACAUAAUGAACAGUUUCCUGAUAGUGAGGAUGAUGAAAAUUCACCCCAUGAUACUCUCCUUUAUGAGACUGAUUAUGCCUUGGCAACUCUUCAUAAAGACAUACAGAGCAUCCGGACAGAAAAUGGCCAUCUAAAAGAAGAUGUCAAGAGGCUUAGAAAACAAAACAGCCGCUUCCUUACUUCCAUGCGUCGUCUUAGUAGCAUCAAACGAGAUACUAACAGUAUUGCCAGAGACAUCAAGGCCCGUGGAGAAGGCAUCCAUAGGAAACUCCAAAUAAUGAGAGAUUUCAGCGAAGAUGCAGUAACAAAAUAUGGUGUCACGUCCAUCAUUGCCAGGGUAGCAAAGAACCAUUAUGUUGACCUCAUGCACGCCUUUCAGGAAGCCAUGUUUGAGUACAAUGCGACAGAGAUGAACCAACGGGAGAACUGCAAGAUUCGGAUUCAGCGGCAGCUAGAGAUAAUGGGCAAAGAUGUUUCUGGCAACCAGAUUGAGGAGAUGAUCGAGCAAGGCAAGUGGGAUGUCUUCUCUGAGAAUCUCCUGUCAGAUGUUAAGGGGGCUCGCUCAGCCUUGAAUGAGAUAGAGACGCGUCAUAAAGAGCUAGUGAAGUUAGAAAGUCGCAUCAAGGAAGUUCAUGAGCUCUUUCUGCAGGUGGCCCUGCUAGUGGAGGAACAGGCAGACACCUUCGACAUCAUUGAGCUAAAUAUGCAAAAUGUUGAGGACUAUGUAGGAGAAGCUAAAGAACAAGUAAAAAAAGCUUUAGAAUACAGAAGAAAACACCCUCUCAGAACAAUCCUCUGCUGCUGCUUAUCGUGUUGCAGAAGGUGAUUAUCCUACUGAACCUAUUGUGGGCCGACUUGAAUGUCUUCAAAAUCUUUCCAGCAAUUUUUCUUUAAUGGCAACCCCUAGAACUGUGAGGGGUUAUUGUGCGGUGGGUGUUUUGUUUGUUGCCUUUUUCUUGAAUUCGCUGAAGGUACUUCUAUUUAUGGGCUACUAGAAAUCUUGAUAAAACUUUUUUAUUUGUUUUUUAUUUGAGAUGUAUUCUGUUGGUGUAGCUAGACGUGCAAGUAUUUAGAAGACCUCUGUGUAAUGAUACUUGUUUCAGAUAGGCAAUAAAGAAGAAUGAAUGAUAGGCUGAUUGCUUGGCCCGGGGAAAAUAAGAAAUUCCACAGAAGUAACUUUAUUCUUAUUUGUCAAAGUGAGACUGCAGGCGGUGCAGACUCGCUGCCUGUGGUGACGCAAUAUACCAUAGAAUCAAAGUUUUGAAUUUUAACUAGUUUGGAGCUUGCUUGAUGUAAAUAGUGGAACAGAUUUUGCGCUGAUCAUCUGACAGAAUAUUGAACCUGUUAGUUUAGCAGAAGACACAGAACUAGUUUCAAUUUCAACUUGAUUUUCAUCUUUCAGUGGCCUUAACAAGAGUAAACUGCAUGUUAAAUUAUAAGUACCUUUUGCUCUGUUUGUGUGUAAGUGAUUGAUUUUCUCCAUUUUGAACGCCCACAACCUUGCUAGAAGCACUGCGAAAUUGUGGCAUCUCACUGACUUUUUAAAAUUGAGUCACUGUCCCAUACUCUUAAUUUCAAAACUGCCAAGCCUUUAAGCUUCUAAUAUAUUUUUCUGCCAAGUAACACUUCAGCCAGUAGAAAGAUGCAUGCAGUGGCCUUCUGUAGAAGCACCCCUAAAAAUACAACAGUUUAGAGUCUUUUGUGCUGGCACAUAAACGCUUGCAGUUUAGUGGAAGGAUUACCUCAUCAGUAGACUUUUAUUUUUAUAAGCACUGAUUUAAUAUUUUUAUAUAUUUUAAAUAAUGUGAAGGAUUAAAUGUACUAUCAUUAAAUUUCGCUGGUGUACAAAAAACUGAAGUUUUUCUCUCAUUGUUAGGAAAUCUCCAUGUGCGAAAGAAAACAAACAUGUUUCUUCAGUAUACCUGAAGAAGAAAGACAACAACAUUUUAAUGUCAUUUCAAUCCUUUUUUUCAAGCUUAAACACAAUCUCUCUUUUCCUCCAAGGGGAGUCUGGCCACAGUAGGUUUGGAAUGUAAGGAGGAAACAGAAAAUAUCUGCAGCCCUAGAAACCACUGAGCAUUGUCAGUGAAGCAUGUAUCCUAAGUUCUUGGGAGUGAUGUUAGCUCCUACUUCUGGAGGUUCUCCAGCUAUAGUAUUUCUAGGUGGCUUCCUGAUACACUGUGAUCUAUUGCUAUCCUUUGAAUUAAUGCAGGACAUUUUUUCAAAAGUUAGUGACUUUUAUUUUAACUCUGAACCUAUUUGUACGUAUUUUAACAAAUGUAUUUAAACAUUUCAAAUGUUUUGUAUUUGGGAGUUUUCAUCGGGAGGUGUGCAUAGCCAUCUUCCUGCACCAAUCACAAUUAAACUUUUCCUUUUUGGUCUUUUGCACACUAAUUUUAUAUGUAAAAAAAACCCCACCACCCCCCACUAUUUCUUAUUAUUUAUAUUAAUAUAACAAAACAGUGAAAUAAUUUCAACUUCCAAGCUCUCAUAUUCUAGUGAAAAAUGCUUCUUUGCCAGACGGGCCUUUUCACACCAACAGAAGCUAAAUUAAAAGAAGCUAAAAAUAGAUAUAGAACAGUUUUCAGAAAGUGAAAGCCUCUUUAGUUGAAGCACCCGUCUGUGAUAACAUGGAAGAGUGAGAAACACUGAUCUUCUAAACUAGAAGAUAUUUUGAUAUUCAAUGAUGUCCUAAUGACAUCAGUAUUACACUUGCUUGAGGACCUCUCAAACAACUCAAAAUCCAUACUUGAAAUGGGAUAAAGGAGGGUUUUGAGCUGGCACCAUUACUACUCCUGUGGUGUUACUCAAGAAGACAAAGUCAUUUUACUCCAUGGGUACUGCCAUUCAAGUCAGUGGCACUGUGCAUUUGAAGAGAAAUAUCCUACACCUCAGAGGGUCAGAAUGUGGGCAUAAAUCAAAGAGGAACAAACUAUGUAUUUUAUUUGGUCUGUAUAUUCUUGGCACUCACCAAUGCUUUUGAUAAAGAUGUGUAAAUUUUUUGUUGUUGUUUGUUUCUUUUUUGCACAUAUGUAUGUCUACAAAUGCAAUAAAA